CUUUGAAAUAGUAAACACGUUGAAAGUGACACGUCCCACAUUGUGGUUUGGGUUAUUUUACGCUUUUGAACAAUAAAAAUGUCGUACAGAGAUAUUCGCAAUUUAAUAGAAACUCUUCGAGUAUUGGGUUAUCCGAAUUUGGUCUCCAUGGAAAGUUUUAGAUCCGCCAAUUUCCCAUUAGUAGCUGAUCUUCUAGCGUGGCUAUCUAAACGAUUUGAUCCUGAUGUAGAAAUUCCUCUAGAAAUUGAUGAUGAACAAGACAGAGUUAAAUUAAUAAGGAAUGUAGCAGAAUUUAUGGCAGUAAAAGGCAAUAUUCGUUUAAAUACUAAAAGACUCUACCAAGCCGAUGGAUACGCCAUUAAAGAACUUCUAAAAGUAACAAAAAUACUACACGAAGCUCUGCUCAGUAACUUGGAACAAGGCGACGAUGAAAACAUUGACGAUGUUACGCUGGAUUUAAGGGAUUUUGAUUUAUCGGAUAAGAUUAGUGAACUUAAAUUUUCAAGACAACUAGCAGGAGAAAUAACCACAUCUGGAACAAGUUUGUAUGACUUGUUAGGAAAGGAAAUAGACUUGAAGAUUGCACGACAUAAAAGCAUCGCACGGCAGUUCGAGCUAUCAGAGGUAGAAGCUGGUAUAAAAGAAGCAAUAAAAUCGAUCAACCAAGAAAUUUUGGACACGAAGCAGCUAAUUGAAAAUGUUGCUGCCACAGAAGCCAGCCUUGAUACGAAAAUUGAGAAGCGGAAUGUAGAAAUCGGAAGAUACGAAAAAAGACUACAAGCUUUGAAAAAAGUAAGACCAGCGUUUUUGGAAGAAUUCACUGCAUUGGAAAAAGAACUGGAAGAACUUUUCAUCCAAUAUUCUCUACGCCUUCGAUGCCUCAAUUUGUUGGAAAAGCAAUUCACGGAGUCCGAAAUGGCACAAAUAGAAAAACAAGUAAAUUUAUCACUGCCACACAUACAAACCAUCCCGUUGGAGAAAAUGGACGAGGACGACAUUUUCCUGGAAAAGGCUGAUCCUGCCUUGGAAAGAAAUGGCGCUAGUAACAGACAUGAGAAGCAACCUCGUGCUACCACUACUACUCGACCACACAAGACAACACAAGAUAAAGAAUCCACCAAAGCAUACGGGAGCAUGCAGCCUCCUCUAAUAGGCAGUCAAUCUUCUCUCGACUUCAGUUCUGACUCAGAAUCAGAUGACAUAUUCUUGGACAAAGACGAACCAGAGUUGAUGCAAUCCGACGAGUCUUUGGCUUUAGAGUUGGCUCCUGCUGCAGAGCGUAGAGCGCCCUCUGGCAGACUGGCUAGUAGUAAACCCCAGGACAGUGAUGAUGACUUUUAAAAAUAGACAUUUUUUCUUUCGCAGUGAGUGACUUGUUUUUAUUUUUAGUACGGGAUCCGAAUCUAGGUCGACCUUCACCCAUCGGCUUUCCGCAUGAAACAUUUUUCUUUAUUAAAUUUCAUACAUAGACAAAUACGACUUGCAUGGGUUGCCUAUCAAAAUAUUGUCACAACUAUCCAUAAGGGGGGCGUAGGAUUUAAAAUCAACAUUUCAAGCACAUUUUUGUGAAUUUUUUUUUUAAAAGUAUGGUAGAAUUAGUUUAUUAAAAAAAAAAGAAUGUGUGUGUACUUUGUACGCACGUAAGAAGUUAUACUUCUAUUAUAUAAUUUCAACGAAAUAAAUAUAAUUAAGUUAUAAUACAAAAAAUUAACAAUAAUUACCAAAAAUUAACCAAAACUUAACAAUGCCAAAAAUAAAAAAAAAAAAAAAUAUGAAUCGUCCGGGAUUUGAACCCGCGAUCUCUUGAUCUCUGGUCCAAUGCCCUAACAACCAGGAUAUCAAGGCGUCUGUUAUUGACGUUUCGCAUAUACAUAAUUACACAACACGGUGACAAGUGAAAUAUAAAAAUAGAUAUUUUAUUAUUUUACGCCCAAGGAAGACAAAUCCAAACACACAAAAAUUAUAAUAAAUAAUACAUUUACUAAAAAACACUAAUAUAUUAUUUUAAUGGCUUAUUUGCGCUGAUACAUAAUUUGAAAGAUUAGCAACGAACAACAUACUAUUGAACGUAAAGAAAUAAAUUAUUAAUCACCAAAGGGGAUCUUGGCCAUAGAAAUAAGUUGCAUUAAACUGCAGUGAAAUAUAUAAUAUAUCGCAGUAAAUACUUAGACAUUAUAAUAGCUGCACAUGACGAAUAGAGAAUUCAACAUAAGGUUAGUUCUAUCUUGUGUAUUUCUGAAUGUAAUCGAAUUUCUUAGUGGAUAAGACGGAUACGAUUAUAAUAAAUAUAUAAUAAAAUGUUUUAAUAAUACUCAUCUUACUCCUGAGGAAGACAAAUCCAAAGACACAAAAAUUAUAAUAAAUAUAUUUACUAAAAACACUAAUAUAUUCUUUUCACACCUUUUCUUGCACUGAUAUAUUUAUACAUAACUAGAAAGAUUUAGCAACUAAACGCCAUACCAUUGUAUAACUAGACCAGACUGUGUAGAUAAACAAUGGCCAUACUGUCUGUGCCAAAUAUCUCGACAAAAUAUUCAAAAUUACAGCCGCAAUCUUGAACCGCGUUUGUUGCUACCUCUUGAUCGCUACUGUUGCCUCUUAAGCAUAUUCAGUACAGUUCAAAAAAUACUCAAAAAAUCUAUCAGAAUAUUUAAAAUAAACCAAAAGUGGCAAAUUUUUAAAAACACCUCAUAAAAAUGGAUUUUGCGGUGGACAUUAGAACUUACAUUGGAUGAUGUGAAACAAAAAAUUCAAAAAGAGGGAACGCUGUCGAGUUUUUUUUUUUGGUUUAACGAUUUUUUGGUAUCACUCAGAAGUCAAAACAAUGAAACU